AUGAAACUGCUUACUUGGAAUGCAAGAGGUUUAGGCUCCCCUUCUAAAAGAGCCAUAAUAAAAAAUACUAUAAUUUCAUACUCCCCCGACUUUGUGAUUCUGACUGAAACUAGGCUCAAGAUCACAAACAAGAGAAUCAUUAAAUCCCUUCGGCCCUCUAAUAGCAUUAACUGGAUUGCUAAAAAUGCUUUGGAUAGUUCUGGUGGAAUUUUAAUCCUUUGGGAUGCUCAUAUUCAUUCUCUUUUAAGUCACGAGGAAGGGCUUUUUAGCCUAUCAGCCAACUUCUUGUUCAACAACAAUCUGUCCUGGUGGCUAACAGGUCUUUACGGUCCAGUUAAAAGGAGGGAAAGAGUUCUUUUUUGGACUGAUCUUCAUAAUCUUCAACAUCUUAAUUCAUUCCCAUGGAUUUUAGGAGGUGAUCUUAAUGUUACCAGAUUGAGAGAGGAAUCAACGUCAAUUUCCAGCUCUACCCACAGCUCCAGAAUGUUGAACAACUUCAUCAACAAUAACCUUCUGCUUGAUCCCCCUCUCAUAAACAAUAGAUUCACUUGGUCAAAUCUACGGAAUCCUCCUACUUUUUCUCGAAUCGAUAGAUUCCUUUACAAUUCUUCUUGGGAAAGCCUCUUCAGUCCCCACACAACUAGGACCCUCCCAAGAUCUACUUCAGACCAUUUUCCUCUGGUUUGUGAAGAUUCCAACCCCAAGCUCAGGUGGGGUCCAGUCCCUUUCCGUUUAAACUCCAUAGCCCUUACUGAUCCAGAUUUCAAAAGAAACAUGGGAAGAUGGUGGGAAAAUUCGAUCCAAGAUGGUCACCCUGGAUACUCCUUCAUACAAAGGCUAAAGUCUUUAGCUAAUUUUAUCAAACCUUGGCAAAAGGAGAAGCUAAACUCUUUCGCCUUUGCUAAAGAUAGUAUUAUUAGGGAAGUGGACUCUAUUGACAAGAAGGAAUUGGAUACUCCUUUGUCUCAAGAAGAAAGUGAUCGUCGUCUAGCUCUUAAAGCUGAUCUCAGCGAGCUAUCUCUCAAGGAGUCCCAAUUCUGGUACCAAAGGGCCAAAAAGCUUUGGCUUAGAGAGGGAGAUGAAAACUCCUCCUUCUUCCAUAGAAUUUGCACAGCAAGACAAAAGAGAAAUUUUAUUCAAGAAAUCCAGGAUGAAGAAGGUUUGAUUCAAAAUACAAACGACAGCAUAUCAUCAGCUUUUAUAAAAUUCUUUUCAAGGAUUUAUAGAGGUCCCACAAAAAGUGAUCCUUUUUUUAUAGACAAUCUAGAUUGGAAUCCGAUUGAGCAUUCUGAGGGGUUAAACCUUUGUGCCCCUUUUUUGGAAGAUGAGAUUAAAGGGGUCAUAAACUCUUUAGAUGGAAAGAAGACCCCUGGUCCAGAUGGUUUCCCUAUCUCCUUCUUCAAAUCCUAUUGGUAUCUUCUAAAAGAAGAUAUCAUGGACAUUUUCAAGGACUUUUAUGACAAAGGUGUUAUCAACAAGAAUAUGAACAACACCUACAUCGCUUUGAUCCCAAAAAAGAAGGAUUAUUCUAAUCCUAAAGACUUUAGACCAAUCAGCCUAACAACGUCCAUUUAUAAGAUCAUUGCUAAAACCCUUUCAAACAGGUUAAAGACCUCCCUUCCUGAUACCAUCUCAGGAAACCAGCUAGCUUUUGUCAAGAAUCGCCAAAUUACUGAUGCUAUCCUAAUGGCAAAUGAAGCUGUGGAUUUCUGGAAGGUGAAGAAGAUUAAGGGUUUUAUUUUGAAGCUUGACAUUGAGAAGGCUUUUGACAAUUUAAAUUGGGAUUUCAUCGAUUUUGUCCUGGAGAAAAAGAAUUUUCCUAUCCUUUGGAGAAAAUGGAUAAGAGGAUGCAUAAGCAAUGUCACUUACUCAAUUAUUGUCAAUGGAAGACCCCAAGGUCGUAUUAAAGCCAACAGAGGUCUUAGACAAGCUUUGGAACUGAUUACGAAAGGAGGAGUCAAAGCGGUAAUUAUUAUUGGAUCAUCGAGAAAGCAAGAUUUGAUUGUCAAUAUCUCCGACCAUGAAAUUCCUAUAAUUUCCAUCUCAAAUAAUCCCCAAUUAUUAGUAAACCCUCUCAAAAUCCCUUCUUUGAUUCAAAUAUCAAACACUAAUCCCAACCAUCAUCACAUCCAAUGCAUUUCUUCAAUUUUGACCCAUCUUCACUUCCACCAAAAAGUCUCAGUCUUUUAUGAAUUAAACUCUUCGACCGACGUCUCACCCCAUCGUCUCUUCCAUUCGUUUCAAUCGGUCAAUAUAGAGAUCGAUCACCUUCUGGCCUUACCUCCCUCCUCCAAUAUCAUUCAAGCAGAAAUAUUAAUUGAAAAGGAAUUGAAAAGGCUUUUGAACAGCCAAAGCAAUAGGGUUUUUAUAAUUACACAACUUUCUCUACAGUUGGUUGAUCUUCUUCUUACAAAAGCAAAGAAAAUGAACAUGGUUGGAAAUGGGUAUACUUGGAUUAUCUCACAUGAAGUUUUUGACCUCAUUUCCUCUUUAGAUUCUUCUUCUUCUUCUUCUCUUUUGAACAAAAUGGAAGGGGUUAUUGGGUUACAAACAUAUUUCAAUGACACCAAAAAGUCCUUCAAAAGCUUUGAAACAAAAUUUAAGAAGUUUUACAAAUUAGAAUAUCCACAAGAAGAAGAGCCAACAAAAGUAAGUAUUUUUGCCAUUCAAGCUUAUGAUGCAGCUCAUGCAAUCACUAGAGCCAUGGAAAAUUUAAGGUCAAGUGAUCAUGAACUAAUGGAGAAAAUUUUGAAAAUCAAUUUUAAAGGGGUGAGUGGAAUAAUGGUGAGAUUUUCCAAGAAUCAUAAUAAUAAUAAUGAGAUGUUAAUAUCUUCUCAAUCAUCGCCAAGUUUCAAAAUCAUUAAAGUGGUGGAUCACACCUAUAAAGAAGUGGCUUUUUGGACACCCAAAUUAGGUUUUGUUGAGAAGUAUGUGAGGGUUAGUAAAAAUUAUUAUAAGAGAAGUUUGUCAGAAAUGAGGGUUUCCAAAUCAGAAAAAAGUAGUAACGGAGAAAGAAAGCUGACAUUUGUUGUUCCAAGGCAAGGAGCUUGUCAAGAAUUUGUAAAUGUGAGCUACUAUUCCAAUGGCACAGUACAAAAUAUCACUGGAUUUUCUGUUGAUGUGUUUAGGGCUGUUAUGAAUAAUAUUAAAGACAUAUCGUCCUACGAAUUGCAUCCAUUUCAUCAUCAAUCAUAUGACCGCAUGAUUGAUGCAGUCUCCAAUAAGAAAUUCGAUGGAGCAGUGGGGGACAUUACAAUAUUGGCAAGAAGAUUUAAAAGUGUUGAUUUCACAGUGGCAUAUUUAAAGACGGACAUUGUGAUGGUUGUAACCGAAAAGCAAGAGAAGUGGAAAAGACUUUGGGCUUUCAUGGACGCUUUUCAAUAUCCAGUUUGGAUCAUCUUACCCACAAUGCAUAUUUUCAUCUCCUUCGUUAUUUGGCUAACUGAAUUUCCAAAUAACCAGGACUUGAGGAGUUUUGGAAACAUGUUAUGGUUUUCUGUUUCAGUCAUCUUUCACGUCCACAGAGAGCAAGUGAGGAGUGGGUUGACUCGCCUAAUGUUGGGACCAUGGCUGUUCACGAUGCUUGUCGUCACAACGAGUUUCUCGGCGAGUUUAACAUCAUUGAUGACAAACUCGUGGUCUCAACCAUCGGUGCCCGAUGUCGAAACGCUAAAGCAGACGAUGCCAAACGCCACGGUUGGGUGCAACGCGGAAUCAUUCAUAUACGAUUACCUCACCACUACCUUAGAAUUUGACAAGUCAAGAGUUAAGACGAUGAAAUCAAUAGACGAUUAUCCAGAGGCAUUAAAGAAUGGUAGCAUUAGUGCUGCAUUCUUUAUAAGCCCACAUGCAAACAUUUUCUUGGCAAAAAAUCGCAAAGGCUACACCAAAGCUGUUUCAUCUUUCAAGCUCGGUGGGAUGGGGUUUGCUUUUCCUAAGGGAUCAGAGCUUGCAAUGAAGGUUUCUAGAUCCAUUGCGGAAUUAACUCUUGCAAAUAAUAUAUCAACAAUGGAAAAAAACUUGCUGGACUCUUUUACAUGCUCUUCAUGCAAGAUAGAGAAUGGGCUGGGCUUAGGGCCUGAGCCUUUCUUGGGCUUAUUCGCAAUUUGUGGAUCUAUUGCUUUCUUGGCCUUGAUGUAUAUGGGCCUACAACUAUUGGUUUCACACAAGAAAGAUUUAAAUUUAGAAAAGUGA